UGCCAAUGUCGGUUCUCCAUUGUCGGAGGCAAGCGUGCAGCAGUUGCAAACGAAAGCCGAUAGAUUUUUCCGUGCUAUCGGAAACCUUGGCUUUGGACUCAGUGCGAAUGAUAUUCAGAAUGCCGGUCUCAUACUCGACAGCGGAUGCGAUACGAGCCAUCUACGGUUACUGCUGGCACCGAUCAUUCUCGAGGGUGAUGAACAGCGAAACCGUUGCGGAUCACUAUUACGCUUCUCCAUCGCUAUCGCGCGUGCCGACUUCCGCGAAGUGCUUCCCGAACUGUCCGUUCCGUUGGUGGAGUUUCAUCGGGAGCCACGCUCGGCCUCCACGUCCACCGCCCUACCAAAGCGGCCUGAGAUCAGUGUGAGCUUCGAGCAAAGCUGCAAUGCACUGCGUGGCACAAGCGGUAAGCGGUUCGCACCACCCCGAACUAAGAUCCACGUCACGAUGGCACCGUUUGUUACCGAGUUCGACAUCACGAUACUGGAUCGUUUAAAUUCGGCUCUUUAUCAAGCUCCGUUCGCAUCCUACUACCACCAUCAUUCACCAAACGCACCAACUACUAACAAGUCUUCCACGGCAAAUCCGCCGGCACCACCGUCUUCAACACCGAGCCGUGCGGUCAAACCGGAGCCUCGCACCGAGCUGCAACUCGAAUCGCUAGGCGUGGAUUUCCGUUUGCGGUUUCCCAUUCCGGACCUACGGCCAAUUCAUGAUCCUCAACGUGUGCCCUGGUGGCAACGCAAUGUACGUCCGGACUAUUUGCUGUUGAAGCUGGAACAGGUGCGCACGGUGAUCACGCUGAAUCCCCAUCCUCUGUACGAUAUCUCCGCUAAUGCCAUAAAGAUGUUCUACUGUGAGACGGAACCGACAUUCGGCACCCAGGGUGGUGCGAAUGGUACUGGUGGGGGAGUAAACAUUGGUAAAACCGUAAUGCAAGAGAACGCAUCUCCCGGCCAGCAGCCAGCGGUCGAAUAUCCGCGAAUACGCAUUGAGCUGCCGAGUGAGGAAUCGCUGCAAAAGAGCUUGCAGGAUUCUGCGGGUGCUGCGAGUGGUGCAGCACGAACCACCUCGGGUAAGCAACAGCAGCAACCUCCACGUGAGGAAAGCGAAGACAGUGAGCCCACGUCGGGUGAAAGCUUCGGUGUAUCGACGGGACGCUCGAAGGAAGAUACUCCGUUCAGUGCGAAGCGUGUUUGCCGGGAGAGUGAUACGCCACAUUCUAAGACGGCUACGGGCGUCCCGGAAGCACCGGAAACUCUUACUUUGCCCGGUGACUCGGACGAAAUGGACACAUUCUGUAGCUGCGCGAUGAAACGCUCCAAGUUGCAAAUACGGAUCGAUCUGCCGGUCGUUAGUUUGCAGCUCAAGUCAAAGCAUCUGUACGAAGUCAUCUACAAUCGCAUCAGCACGGAUCUGUUGCUUUGGGAACCGAGUGCUCCUACGGCUAUGGCUGCUGCUGGUGCGACCGGUGCGCAGCAACAGAACGCUCAUAGUGCGGCCAAGGUUUCGUUUUCGUGCGAACCUGAAAUCAACCUGGCCGGUAUGGGCAUGAUGGACUCGAUCUACAUGCCGUACACAAUGUGCCAAAGUGGAAUUCAGCUCGAUUCUAGCUCUUCCGCAUCGAACUCCGAGACGGAAUCGGAUUCCGAUGGUAUCUUCUACUCGGUGUACGAUCGCAAUACGAUGCGUAACUCGUCGAUUGGUGGCAAUAGUGCCGGUGGACGGAAAGGGUCCACUUCUCACUCUCACCGCAGCGGAGCACACGGUGGAAAGUUAACGACGGCAUGCACGUCGAGUGCUGAUCGAGCAAGUAACACCAUUGCGUUUCGAGUGAACAUCGGCCAAGGCAUACUAACGAUGUUUGCACCGGUGCGUGAUGCGCAGAAGCAUGUUAUACCCGGUCAGUUAGGGGAGUUCGUGGUGCGCCUGAACUCGGGCUACAUUUUCUCGGUGAAUGGUUUCCGGGGUAACACGAACCUCGGCUAUCUAUGCAUUCAGGCAAAGUCGGCCGAGUUCUACCAUUGCGGGCUGAUACCGACCCCUUCAAGCAAUCCACCGUUGCGGCUGAUCAAUAGCGUGCUUCCGUCGUACCUGCAGUGUACGCUAUAUCCCACUCCGAAGGGUCUUACUCUGCAUGAGCAACGAGGUUGCACGAACCGCGAGAUGCUAUCCCUCGCGAUCCAGAUCAAAAGUGUGCCCGAUCUGGCGGUGAAACGCAUCCGGAUGGCGGCUGGAAUUCAGCUGACGACACUACGGCACCAUUCGACGCUACCGGCGCACGCUUGGUUAACGCAGCUGCUGGACAUGCUGGAUGUUGAGGAUUAUCCGGUUGCCGGCUAUACUCCGCUCGGUGUAGUCACCGAGAUGCAUCUGCAUCUGUGGGACUGUGCGAUCGACUAUCGGCCAUUGUACUUCCCGUACCGGGCCAUCAUUACCAUCGGCUCAUUCAUGAUCAGCAGCAACAUCACUACCGCCAGCAGCGGUCUUACACUGAAC